GCCAGCAUGACGCCGGGCACCGACCGGUAGACGCAACGGCGCUGGUUCGAAACUCGUGACACCGCUCCGCUAGUUACACGCUACCGGCUCGCCAUGAACAGGAACACCAUCGUCAGCUUGUGCUACGGCUGCGCGGCGCUGAAUUCAUUCAGUUUUCUGAAAUACGCAUUCGGCUUCUACAGGCGAAGCAUCGCCUACGGCUGGGCUUUCGACCUCACCUUCGGGUCCGAGUGCUUUAUCAAUUUGAUAUCCGACUACCUCCUCCUCGCCACCUACAAGGACUUCCCACUGCCAUCCUUGCUGUUGGGUAAAGAGAGCCUGGUCCUGCUCGGCUUCAUCGCAUGGAAUUCGGCCGGUAUCAGCAUCUGUUACAUCAGCAGCAUCGUGCUCGCCGUGCACUUCGCCAACACGGUGGACCUGAAAGAAGCCAUGCAGGACCUCAAGGACCAGAACGUGGAGGAAGGAGACUUCCGCAGACAAAUGAUGAUAACGACGAUAUCCGUAUUCACGCUCAUGGCCUUCAUGAAGGGCGCCAUCCUGUACAACAUGUACAUGUACUACAAGAAGACCGACGGCGUCGACGGCAGCAUAGAAGAGGCACCCACGGCUUACUACUUCCCUGCAGACCCGACGGCCCCCGUGCCUUUCCUGCCGCCGGAGUCAAAGCGGCACACCAGGGCAAAUGUCGGCGGUGCGCCGCCAGCAGCCGCCCGCUGCGGCCUUACGGGGGCACCCGACACAGCGAUGGCAUCUGCCAGGCGACCGCCGGCGCCUGCUGCGGUGCUACCGUCGGUCAGGCGGCCCCCGGUGCAGCAGCCCUUCGAAGUGGCCGUACUACGAACGCCUUUCAUGGUGCUUCACAUGCCGCCCGCAGAACUGCCGACUGGACCGCAGCCUACAACACAGCAACAGCCACCGCCGACCUCAAUGCAGACGGCAGCUCGCUAGAUUUGCGGCGUGGAACCGCAGUCGCGACCGACGAAAGUGCGUCGCGGGCGAGCAGAAGUAAAAUUGAUGCGAAAGCGCAUUAUAGCACGUGUUGCUUUCACGUGCAAGCUUGACUUCUCUUCAAGCGCGGUUUUGGUCAGUACUUGGGAUAGCUGUUUCCAUGUGGGUGCAGCAGGUACGAACACACCGCAGGGACUGUUUCAUCUCGUGACGAUAUAGUUUAGGUACCACGUUUUCUGGCACAGCCGCAGUGGACGAAGCAACCGGGGGUAGGGAGCUGUAAACCUAACAUGGUGUCCGGUGUGCCAUGCGCCAAGUAGUAUGCAACAGCGGCCAGAGAGUGAACUGAUGAAACUAAAUGCGUUGAAGGGGUUGCUUUGUCAUUACUGCACGAGCAUGACGAGAAUAGAAGGAAAGUUCCAGGGAGUUAGAGACAGACAUAUUUAUUGCCUUGUAAUAGCACACUAAUAAUGGCUCCCAAUUAAUAUUAGCGUGCAAAACAGACGAAAUUUUACCAUUCUAACCAUGAUCACUUCCAGGGUGCCAGGUAUUGCACCAAGAUUAAGGUACAGUUGAUUGCUCUAGAUUGCAUCUGUAUUAUCAGCGUAAUGCUAAAGAUUCAACUCAUUGCUAGCGCACAUGCAUACAAACAGUAUGGUUGCAAUGCUGAUUUAAUAAAGAUGCGCUUUCACUCACUGAGGCAGUCAAUAAAGUUUGCUUGAUCGUACGCUUGCCUGAUUUCAUUCAUUUGAACUGGUGACAAAACUGCAUGAUGCAUUGCGGAGUAAGGAUGCUAGGCACGAUGAAAAUUAAAAAGUUAGUGCAGCUUUCUGACUAAGCUUUACUAGCGCAAAUAUGUGCCUACUAACCACAAUACUUCUGGGCUUUCUGUUCUUCAAAUAUCUAAAAAAGAAUGUCACAGUUUUGCCCAAAAGGCUAAGCACGCAUUACGAGAAGUAAGGUUCCCGUAGUUUCAUUGGCCGUAUAAAUUUCAGUGAACAUUCACCUACUAAUUAAAUUAACAAGCACGGUGUCAAGCACGCACAGGCAAACAUGAACAGAUAUCACUAAAUGACUGCGAAAACUCGCUGUCAACACUGGCACGAUAAGAGCGCCGGCAACGGCGAGCAAACGAAGUAACGAGUCUCAGAAGCUUGAGAUCACGCGACCCUCAACGCGCACGGGAAGACAGCGCACCUGACACCACCAGCCAUCUCGGCUUGCCAAGAGUUUGCA